UGAUACUGUGCAUUUUCUUUCAUUGUAAACGUGCGCAUCCCGAUCGUAUCUGGGUGUAGAUUUAAUCUUUAAACACACGUAAAAACUAAUUAUGGGAUGUUUAGUGUUGUAGUUUCACAUUGUUUUACUUACAUAACAGGUUUAAAAUACACCUGGGAAUAUACAUCAUAUACAAUUAUAUCUAUGUAUAAUAUAUAUACAGUUAUAUAUAUACAGUUUGGAAUAUAAUAUAUUAAACAUUCAAGGAAACACGGAUAUAAUUUCGUAAUGAAAUCAGCAAAAAGUGCCGUGUCUGUUUCGGAAGCUGUCGUCUGUUUCGAUCUUUGAUGUAUCAAAAAUGGCGGGUCCAGGAUUGUUCGGUUGGACUAGUAUGCUUAGAGAUUUUUCGUCAAAUGUUACGGAUACGUUGUGGAGCUACCUAACUUGGCAGAAUUCGGAGGUCAAAGCAAAGGAGUAUGAGGCUCUUCAACAAUGUCUUCAGGAACUUUAUGGGGACCUGUCCGGGAUAGUGAUGAAACAGGCAAUGAGUUUACUACACCAACAGUACAACGGUAACAUGGAGAAAUUUAAGAAAGAAUUCUUUACUCCUGCUGUAGAAUUACUGACAAAGUUAAGAGAGAAACGUGGCCAAAAACAAAAUGUGCCAAGAAUAUCAGUCACUUGA